CGCUGACCAAAUCUUAUGUGGUAAUCAUCUGCCACUAUAGUUUAAUAAUUAAUCACGCUUAAGUUGCGCAGAAACCAUGGAAAUACUUCUGAAAACAAAUUAAAAAUAAUAUCCAAAAUUUAGAAACUUACGCUUAAGAAAUGGUGAACUUUCGGAAAGAUUGCUGCACGCUAGUCUUUUUAGCCCUGUAUAUUAUUUCGACUUGUGCAGAGAAGUACAAAAGAAUUGACAUCUCUACAGCUCGAGAUCGGCUUCUAAACGUGGAUGAUGAGUACGGGGGAACAAUCUACGUCGGGGCUAAGAAGACCAAAUACCCCAAGGAUUUAAACAGCACGAUUCUGGUACAGGCGAAUAAACUGCCCACUUCGCAGCAGUACUCCGACUUCAAGUCGUACGUCGGAUUCAAAUUCGUCCGAUUCGACGUUCCCGACAAGUGGCCGUGGAGUGGAACAUGCGGCGAUUAUGUCGAAAUUUUCGAGCAGAAGCUGGAGAGCCGUGCUCUGACUGCGAGUGAAUACAACACUGGAUUGUGCUCGGAUUUGUACGUAGCCAAAACAGAUGACUACGACUACUUUACUGAAAACAGCGACGUCGCAUUGGUGCGAUUCAUCUCCGACAUUGCGGUGGAGGGUACUGGAUUCGAACUUGCUUUCACGUCGUUCUACAAAUCGACUGGAAGCUCCUGCUACAGCGAGGGCAGUGAAUUCUUUUGCAACAAUGGAAACUGCAUCGCGCAAGUUCUUAGAUGCGACAAGCUAGACAACUGUGGCGACAAUUCCGACGAGGCCAACUGCGUCUACGAUGAUGCUGCCUUGGAUUUCUUCAAGGAAGUUUUGGAACUGAUACUGGACAACUACGCUUUGGUGAUUGCAAUCUUGUCUUUCUCCUGUAUGAUUUUCAGCGUAAUUCUGGCAUUCUGUGUCAGAGUAAUAUGCCAAGAUGAAAGUAAACGUCUCCGACAGAGGAAAAAGAAGCAGAACAUAAUUGUCGGGGCUGAUGGCAAAAAGAUAAUAAACCCAAAUCUUAAAGCCCCGGUCUAUCGAAAGAAUCCCGGACUGUAGACAGCAUCUUAGACUGAAUCAUAAUAAUCCGACUGGUAACUUCACUGAUGAUUUCAUGUAAAUACGUUAUUUAAGUUGACAAAACGUUCGUAAUAUAUAUUUUGAAUUUCCUCUAUCUCGUUAUGUAAAUUUUGCGAAAAACCUCAGAAGACCAGCGCUAGAUUUUAAACUGGUUUUAACUUCAAUGAGGAAACAGUAAAUCGUGUACAGAGAUGUGUACAGAAUCCUUCAUAUUUUUUUC